CAACUUGAUAGUGAAAGGCGAGUCCAAGAGUUGAUGGACACAAGUGAGUUCAAGGAAGAAGAUGAGAAAGGUAUAGAUGUACCUUUUCUCGAUUUGCAAAGCAUACUAAACGCAACAGAUAAUUUCUCAGAUGCAAACAAGCUUGGACAAGGGGGCUAUGGCCCUGUUUACAAGGGCAAGUUUCUUGGAGAUCAAGAGAUCGCAGUAAAGAGGUUAUCAAGGGCUUCAGGACAAGGCUUACAGGAAUUUAAGAAUGAGGUGGUGCUAAUUGCCAAACUGCAACACCGAAACCUUGUUAGGCUUAAAGGAUAUUGCAUCAAAGGAGAAGAAAAAAUUUUACUCUAUGAGUACAUGCCUAACAAAAGCUUAGACUUCUUUAUAUUUGAUCAUACAAAAAGCAUCUUUCUCAAUUGGGAGAUGCGCUUUAAUAUCAUUUUGGGAAUCGCUCGAGGACUUCUUUAUCUUCAUCAGGAUUCCAGAUUGAGGAUCAUUCACAGAGAUUUGAAAACCAGCAACAUUCUCUUAGAUGAGGAGAUGAACCCCAAAAUAUCUGACUUUGGCUUGGCAAGGAUUGUUGGAGGCAAAGAAACUGAGUCUAACACAAACACAGUAGUCGGAACUUAUGGUUACAUGUCUCCAGAGUAUGCAUUAGAUGGAACUUUCUCAGUGAAAUCAGAUAUGUUUAGUUUCGGUGUGGUUCUUCUAGAAAUAAUCAGUGGAAAAAAGAACACAGGAUUUUAUCAAUCCCAACAAACUUUCAGCCUCAUAAGUUAUGAGUGUGCUGCAUGGAGACUCUGGACAAAAAACGAGGCCUUGGAACUAAUGGACAUGACUUUGGAUGAAAGUUGCAACAAAAAUCAAUUUAUCAAGUGUGUCAAUGUUGGGCUCUUAUGCGUACAAGAAGAUCCCGUUGAUCGUCCUACGAUGUCAAAUGUUCUUACCAUGCUUGACAGUGAAAUUGCAAUCUCUCCAACUCCUAAACAACCAGCCUUUCUCUUAAGGAGAGGCAACAACUCCAGCACAGCUUCUUCUUCUACUAAGUCAGAAACAUUUGCCGAAAUAACUACAAGUCUAGAAGAAGGUAGACAAUUAAAGAAUGGUUUGGGGCUGCAGUUACUAGUUAGUCUUUUUAUCCUUUUAAGUGAACUUUUGUCUCUUCAUGUAUAA